UGACACCUCGCCAACAAGUUUUUGCUCCGCUCCGGUCACUGUAGCUAUACCUAACUCCAGUCAACUCCAGUGCCUUUUGGAGUCAAUGGUGUAUCGUGUAUUGUUGUUAGCGCGUAAUUCAUAUUGUCGUUGAACUGUGCGUUUGUCUGUCACGAUGUCGUCCGGUAGCUGGGAAUUGGUCAGCAGGAAGAAGGACAGGGGAAACGACAAGUCCAGCAAGCUGACGAAGGCCGAGAAGAAGAAAUUUAUCGAGAACGCGCCGAAAGUUGAGGACUUCUUACCAUUGAGUCAAGUAAAGACAUUGUAUGAUAAUCUGGAUGGAAAUAAGGAGAAUAAAAAACCUGCUAAGGCACAAGGGAAAGAGCACAAGACAAAAGAGAAUGAGGAAAAGAAGAAGCAGCAACAGCAGCAAAAACAGCAGCAGCAAACUGAGAAAAAGAAACAAGAGCCAAAGGAAAAACCUCCAAAAACUAUUAAGGAUGCAUUAAAUGCAAUCACUGUGCAAGAGCUCAAUGAACUUCUGACCACUGCGCAAAUCAGAUUUCCUGAAGCUCCCUUGCUUUGGUUGAAGGAACUCGAUGCUUUCCUGAACAUCAAGAUACCCAUUAGCAAGGAAGACACAAUAUUCUCAGGAAAACCCAAGGAUUAUCCAUUAAGUCUAGUACCUAAGGCGAUCUCUUCCAUACUCGAACAGGCAGUGGAAAUGGCGGGACAGCAGACUAUACAAAUUUUUUACGAGAAUAUUCUUACGGCGAUGGCCACCGACAUGGUCAAGGGCAUCCCCGUUGUCGGACAUAAGAUAUUUUUACAGUUGCUAGCGCAUUUAAAUCCCGAGAUAACCGCCGCCAACAUUCCCAAAUUGAUUAGCAUAAGAAACUCUUACGAAAACAGGAAGAACAUUGGCUUGUCUCUUUUGUGGGCUUGGUCGCAAGCCGGCAAAAAGAAUUUAGCAGUCGGCCUGAAGAUUUGGCAUGAGGUAAUGUCGCCGAUGCUAGAAACGAAGGGUUACUCCAGCUAUGUCGUGCAGGUUCUCAAUGAUCUCGUUUUCGGUCACGAUAAUGUUCAUGAUCUUAGUUUGGAUCUGUACCUGGAUAUUAUUAUGGACACCUAUUCUCAAAGAUUUCAGAAUAUACAACCAGCAAAUCUGGGAAAAGAGAUUAGCACGAGUAUUGACAAGUUGCGAUCCAUAUUGUUUAGGAACAAGGAUAUAAGUUACACGAAAUUAUUCGAGAUGUUAAUGGGAAAAGUAUCGCAAAAAUCAGAUCCAAACUAUAGACAUGAGUUAGUUAAAGCUCUCGCAGACUGCCUCGUCACGGAACCUCUUUGUUUUACUAUUUGGAGUUCUAUUUAUACCAAGCAUUUAUAUCAAUCCAGUCUUCUUCUGUCGUAUAUCGAUACGAAUUUACCUAAUUUGCAAGCAAAGCUCAAAGCUAAGCACUUGAAAGAAGCUCUCGGAUUUAUCCAAAAUAAUAAUGAAAAAUGGAAAAAAGCCAAAGACGAAAAUUUGGCGCUUACAUGCAAAAAAACAUCUCAGAUAAUAUUGAAGAAAAUGACCUCUUCCACACGUCGCAGUUUUCCAUGGAGAUCUGCCAGUUUUCUUCUAUUAAUGCUUAUUGGUGCUAUUGCAGCAUACGAUACGCAGAAGCAUGGCUCUUUUGAGGCGUCCCAAAUUGGAAAGUUCUUGAAAACUACUGGAAUAUUGAAAUAUAUAGAAAAAUCAUGGGUUACUGUAAAGUUAUAUUGGUCCGCAGGACACAAAGCAAUUAAGGAUAGCUCACCAGAAUAUUACAAAGCUAUCGUAGACUUAAGUACACCAUAUGUUAAAUUAGCUGGUGAUAUCUAUCUUAUAAUAAGAAAUAUUUCUGUUAAACUAUAUAGCAAUGUUGCAACGUAUGUCGAAAAAAAUAUACCUAUAGUUUUCGACAGGAUCGAAUAUUACGCUCCAGGUAUUAUAGAAGAAAUUAAAUCUAAAAGUUUUCUAGCACUGGAGUUUGUGAAAGUUUCCUUCAUUUUCAUUGGAGAGAAAGUUAUUGAACAUUCCACUGCAACGAUACAGUGGUUGGAGAAGAAUGUCUUUGUGGGUAAACUUAGUCCGGAUAAUCUCCGAAGUUACGCUAUAUGGGCUUUCGAUACGACGCAGUCGUAUGCCAGUCAAACAUAUGAUUGGGUAUAUGAAAAAGUGCAGACUCUCUCCAAAGUGCCAUGAAUAAAAUCCAUUGGUUUCCUCUACGAACAUUAUUGCGUUGGUAACGAAAUCUCCAUCUGUCCACGCAUUUUUGCAUUUAUUAUUUAUGACAUGGAAACUUUACAUAUAUGCUUUCGAAGAUCACGAACACGUCGGCCAUUUUACCUGUGAUAUCUCAAAAGGAGAGCAUCUUAUUUUGGUUGGUCCUGACGAAGAAAAUUUUGUGACCUGGUAAACAUGAAUAAUCGCGAGCAUUUUUUUAUUAAGAUAAAUACUUCUAUCAUUUUUUGAAAUCAUUCUUGAUAAGUAAUAUAUACCUAUGUAUAAUAUAUCUAUAGGUCUCUGUAUACGCAAAAAUGCGAACUUUAGUAUUUUGUAUUUUCAUUUAUAAUUUUGAGGAUAUUGAUUGAAUAUAUUCGAUUAUAUUGAGUGAUCAUAAAUAAAAUCAUCGUUUUUCGUAA